CCACAUACAUAAGACCAGUCCACGUUUCCUUUCAACUUCGCUUCUGCUUUUGGCUCUACUUUGAAUCUCUCCCCAUUGUCAAGCAAACGAACAACAGCAAACACUUCGGUUCGACCAGUCCUCGACAUCUAUCCACCUCACCACACACAGAUACCAUCUCAACAACAGCAAUCAUGUCUACGGUCUACGUCAAGAACAUCGGCGCCAACACUGAGGAGAAGGACAUUCGUGCCUUCUUCAGCUUCUGCGGCAAGAUCAGCUCCCUCGAUGUCACCACCGAAGGCGAGACCAAGUCCGCCACGGUGACCUUUGAAAAGGAGAGCGCCGCUCGCACUGCUCUUCUCCUCGAUCACACCAAGCUUGGCGAGCACGAGCUCUCCGUCACCUCUGCUUCGGGAGAGCACGCCGAUUCCGGCGACAAUGUCCACCCCAAGUCCGACGCCGACCGCGACACAGAUGAGAUCACACAGGAAGAGAAGCCCCGCGCGCGCGUCCUUGCCGAGUACUUGGCCAGCGGCUACCUCGUUGCCGACAGUGGCCUGAAGACGGCCAUUGCUCUCGACGAGAAGCACGGCGUCUCUCAGCGCUUCCUGUCGACCAUUCAGAACCUCGACCAAAAGUACCACGCAACCGACCGGGCCAAGACGGCCGACCAGAGCUACGGCAUCACUGCGCGGGCUAACUCCCUGUUCAGCGGCCUCUCCUCGUACUUUGAGAAGGCCUUGGAGGCGCCUGGCGCCAAGAAGAUUGUCGACUUCUACACCACCAGCUCCAAGCAGGUGCAGGACAUCCACAACGAGGCCAAGCGCCUGGCUGAGCUGAAGAAGCAGGAGGCAGGCGGCAGCUCGUACAAGGCUGCUGGUCUGGACAAGAUCUUCGGUGCCGAGAAGGCGCCCGGCCAGGAGAGCAAGCCCAAUGACCAGGUGCCCGGCGCUGCCCCUUCCGAUGCUGCUGCCACCGAGUCUAACCAGCAACCGAUUUCCGAGGGAGCGUACCCUGGAACUGCCGAGAAGAUUCCCCAGUAAAUGGUUGCGAGGCAAAAUGGAGGUGAAUCACUGGUUGACGACACUCUCUUCGCAUGGUUAGCUGAGCCAGCAAGGUGUUUGGCUUUUGGUCUGGCUGAUUUCAUGACACUUUUAUGACUGCUAUGGGACUGGGAUUUCAUUGUUGGCGUUGCUCUAAUCUUUAAGUAAUGAACAAACUUCUCAUCACUUGAAGCCUUUCACGGCAGUAGUACCUUGCAGCAUAAUGACGGCACAUGCAAUGUUCGAUCAAGAAGCAUGAUGGAGUACUACACAUGCACGUGCUUGGGACAUGAUGCUUGCCGAUGCCAUCUUGAGUCUUGAUUUGCUCUUGUGAAUAAUUUGACAUUGUUGUCUG